UGUCACUGCAGUACCGCAGAAACCACUCUCACGACUCCUCCAUCCAGCCCAAUCAACUUACAAAGCCAUGUAUAUCGCCAAGAACGACAGAAAAAUACAACCGCGCCCCGUCCUUUCCGGCGACAGAAAUCUUCGUCCAUGGCCCAAGCGUCACCUUGAGGCAUCGACGACUUCUCCUCGCCCUCUCAAACGUAGGAAGACGGCUCCGAGUUCGAGGGACGGGCCACACAUACUACAUUCCUACACCCUACCACCCACUUCUUCCCCACCGUACUCAGACGCAGAACUGUCCUCCGAUGGCUACGACUCUGAAUCUUCAUCCACUCAGUCCGAUGAAACGGACGAGGAAAAGCAUAUGCUAUCGGAGAGUGAUGAGUUUCUGCUGGGUGCAGCGGACACAAGAGAGGAAACUUUCGGACACAAUCCAUCUGGCAGUAAUACAGAAGGCAAUGAUGCCGUGGCCAUCAAUUCGUCACUACGUCUGACGAACUCACAGCCUGAGACGGCUAGCGCUGGGACCACGGAGUCGGAAGACGAUCCUUCUAGAAAUGCGGGGAAGCGUUUCGUGGAACGUCGGAACUCUAACACUCUGCUCGAUUUUUAGCACUCCGUCCUUGUUAUUCGAUUGCCUGUUUCUCUCGUGGUGAAAAAGAAGCUGUAAGUUUUGUUACGAUAGUAAGCGACUUCAUUCCUCAGGCGGAUCUCUUCCCGAGGUCAGAAAAUAACUAUCCUCGAUUAUCGGAGAGUACCACAAGUAGGUGUCUGAAGAUCUAGUAGAGCUGUGUCCGAUGUCUAUGUUACUGCCAUGACUUGUUCAAGCCUUGGCAUUGCAACUUGCAAGAGCCUGCGGAGAACCGGACGUGUCUGGGUAGAGGGAAGCCGAGGCAGUGUCAACAGAGGCUCGAAGGAUGUUAUACUGGCAUCAAUGAACUAAACUCAUCUGCUCACGGCAAC